AUGGCCGCGAGUAUUGGAAUAAAACGACCACGAGACGACGAUUUUGAAGUUCCUAACCUCAAGGUCCGAAGGCGUGCCACCGGGGCUCCGCAAACUGUCAGAGAUAUCCCUGGACACCUCUGGGACGCUCUCCUCAAUUUAAACCUCGUACAUUUUCUGCGAGGAGUAGCAUGGGAGGGUUUCGACGAACACAAAGGUGAGGACUGGGAAGUCUGGCGCUACCUGGGCGCAGGUGGCUUCGGUUCCGCUGCUAUGUGGGUCAGACAUGGCGAGAACGGGAAGCUUCUCGACGAAGUUGUCAUCAAAUCGCAGAGGCUUGAUAGAGGGGACGCCUCGAACAAGUGGAUUCUCAACGGACGUCAUGAUGCGGCACUUUCGAGUGAAGCUGUUUUGCAAUCCUUCCUCAACCGAUUCGAAUCUGAAAAUAUUGUUCAUCUGCGUGGGUUUAAAGGCUAUGGUUCCCAAGUUGUCGACAACGUCGACAAUACCACUCCGACGAGAGAAUGGCGCCUUUACCUCGAGUACGCCCCUCAUGGCGACCUCUCAACUCUCAGAAAAAGGUACAAAGCUUUCAAAAUGUACUUUCCCGAAGCUUUCCUUUGGCACGUUUUCCACUCUUUAGCAAAGGCUGCCGAGCAGAUGGGACCUUACAGUGGAAUUCCAGACGAGCUUCGCAAUGUCACUGAUGACUUGGACGCCCAUCAAUACUUAGACUAUCUACUGCAUCUGGAUAUAAAGUUGGACAAUAUCUUUCUUGGCUAUCAAGAGCCGUAUGCGAACUCGAGAACGACCGGCGGCGUUCAAGGGACAGAACAUCGUGACCAAGUGCCAGAACGUCGCGAGCAAGGGCCAGAACACCACCAGAAAGACAAUCCGUUGCCGCUUCCCUAUCCUGCGGUAAAGUUAGGGGACUUCGGUUGCGCUGAACUGACUUCCCGGAGCGACUUUGAGAACCCAAGAGUCUUGAGUGGAGGCACGAGGCACUGGCGACCGCCGGAACAACAUACGAGAAGUCAUUUAUAUCAGAGCUACGAUGGACAUUAUGGCAAAGCGUGGGGAGCAGAUGAUGCUCCAAACGGGGUGGCUCAACCAAAGUUGACCGAAAAGAUGACCAUCUGGAGCAUCGGAAAGGUGUUAUUCGAUCUUUCUUGCUUAGGAGAUGCUAAACAUUUCGACGCUUUGAAAGCCAAGACCGCAGAAGAAUACAAGAAUAACGGAGACUCUACCAUAAGGGAUUGGCAUCGUGAUCCAUUUGCGUAUGACCAUCUCAUGCUUGUCUCGUCUGAUCCUCUUAAGCUGAGAUCUCCUUACACCCAGGAACUCACCAAUCUCAUCCGCAGCUGUAUGCACGUUAUACCAGCGCAAAGGCCAAGUGUAAGGGCGCUGGUGUACAGAACGAGUCAACAUCUCCGAGCAGCUCUCAGCAAGUCGGGUCCAGUUGAGAACGAGGGUUCGGUAGCGCAUCAAUACUUGUACUUCCGCGGCAACGAGAUCAACCACAGACCUGAUAGCAAGCGGAAUUGCUAUCAUAUCUUGGAAGCGUGGGAGUAUGCAGACAUCGUUCAAGAUCCUGCGAAGAAUGAUCCAAAUCGGGGUCGACUCAAUGCUUCUUACGACCAACAGCUUCUGAAUCCAUUGCAGAUUCAGAAUCUUAGUAAUUCCAAUAAUCGCAAACUUCGUGUCAUUAAUGAACAGAAGAGAGUAAAAGAGAGAGGAAGGCAGGUCGAUAUGGUGCGGGGACAGGCUCACGCGACUCGGCGGGACGGUCGUGUUCAUUUCAUUGCUCCUGAUCCACCUCGAAUCGAUCAUUAUUCGCCCCCAGGUAGCGGCGGCGAGGACGACGACGACGGACGUGAUGAACGUGGUCGUAGAAGCCAUCGUGGUCCCCCUACACAGAUGAAUCCAAACCAUUACGGAGAUAACUUGUCUAAAUUACCCUUGGCGCCUCUAAUUCAGCGACCUUUACGACCACUCUCACCUCACGCCAUGUACAUUGCGACUCAUCUACCCCAAAACCAUCGUUUCGAUGGGCACUCUGAAGAAGUUCGGGAGAAUGCAGAGCGAGAGUGGAAAGCGCUUCGAUACGAUCAAAUGGCAGAUCUUGAAGACCAGUAUGAUGAGCAGAUGCGCGUCUAUCGCGGAGCAAUGGAACUUUGGCAGCACUAUCAGAAUCGACCACAGGAAGUACCUAUACCCAGCCGCUCAGCUCCUAGCACGGUGCCUUCGGCGCGAGAAAUCUUCGUACGUGAAAAUAAACCUAUCGCUGGCCAGACGGACGUGCAUAGACCAGUAGCACGCGGGGGUUGGAACAUGCUCCGGCGAGGCGAUCGCGAUAGGUAUCAAGCGAUCCAUGACGAACAGCAAGCAGCGGCGACAGCUUUGGAGCAGGAGUGGGACGCCAGGCGAGCCUACGAGAUAUCAUGGGCCGCGUGGCAACAGGAACGGCACAGCAUACAGGAAGAACCCGCGAAAACUUAUCUUCACUCACGUUCAAGUUUAGCCCCUCCACCAGAUCUAAUGCCACCAGUGAGUCCUUUCAGCAAUUUCAGAGCUUGGAAAUGGAGAAAUCGUGGUCAAGGUCCUCAGCACGCAGACCCGAGCGACAGGAAUUUCGACGAUGAGCUUCAGAAUGCUUGGGCAAUGACGGAGGCACAGCAGCCACAACGUGUGGCACGAUUAUACCAGCAAUACUACGACCUCAUGCGACGUUGGUCAAAACGGACUGGUCUCUUUCCCGCUAGAUCUUUUCCUGCUCCAGGAGACCGACCUCGACUCGCUCAACCUCAGCAUGAUUCGGCUCAGGAUACCCAAAGUCAACGUGAAUCAUCGUUGAACACGCAGUCGUCAUUCAACGUGCCGCCAUUGUCGGAACCCCGUUCCGAACACGGGCCUAACGAUACUUCAUAUCCUCUAGUAGAGUCUUCAUCAUCGGCGCCGCUUCGGCCAAGAGGGCAGCAGCAGCUCUAUCGUGGCGCAGACGUAGUAAUGCCAGAGUCUCCGUUGGCAAACAGGGUUCCUCGUCCAAGAAGGGCCGUACAGCAGCCGCCGCUGCCACCGCUGCCACCGCCGCCACCACCCGAGGCUCCUGUGGCGCCUGCCCCACCACCACAAGUACAAGUCGCUGUACCACCUUCACCACAGCCUAGUCAAAGACCAGCAGCACGGCCAAGACGUCGGAGAAGAAAUGAAGUGGAGAGAUUGCAGGUUGAGGCAGGAAGCUUUCUGAGAAGGAGACCUGGCAGACUGGCGACGCCGUGA